AUGGGACACAACGACUUUUACGACGAGCAGGGUGAGGUGCCCAAGUUUCGGCCUCCGGUUGGCGUCCAAUGGGACAUGUCGCUCGCGGAGCACAGCCUGCCAGACGGAAAUGUCCACGUGGCAGUCAGCACAGCGCGCCGCCACUCCGUCAGCAGGGAGGGGGACGGGGUCUGGGGGCCUUUGGAGGUGGGGGAUGGGGCGGGCGGCAUCAAGCCUUUUGUGGAGGAGUUUUUCUUCUCCCACACCCCCACGUCUCGUUUCGGCUGCAUGGUGGGAUUCGAUCCCGAAGGAGCACUGCGCGCCUACGUGGCGGUCGAAGACUCACUAGACACCAACGAACGCCGCCCCUCCGACUGGGUCUGGCCCACGUGGGGCCCGGGCGGCGUCCCGUCCCAGCUUCCCGACCACCUGCCGCUCGUUCCGGCUCUAGAUGACAAGAAGAUGGUGGGAACCUGCAAUAUCCUUACCCGGAAUCUGAUGGUUCAGGAGCGGGAGAACGUGUCCUGGGCAGAAGAAUGGGGCCCUAACGGCGCUGCCACUGCUGCCGAAAUUGCAGCAGCUGCAGCAACUGCUGCUGGUGACACUGCUUCAGCUGGAAAAUCUGUUGCAGCGAAUGCAGUAGAAGCAGCGGCGGCUGGGUUCAUGGGCCGAGUGCCAGAGGGAGACGAGGAGAGGUAUGCGGUGUUUGCUCUGCCGCACGGGGUGGUGGUGUGCGCUCCGCGCUCCCCGAAACUGGUGGCAGGGAGGCCGUUUAUGCUGUCGGUGUCGUGGGUGGUGAGGGAGGGAGAGGUGAAGCGCAUCACUGCCUCUUGGGGAAGUACUGGUAGCUUUGAGAAAGUGGAGGGCGAGUGGUACAGGAGACAGGCGUGA